AUGGCUAUCUCGCAUUCUAGUCCGCCAAACGAGGCACAGCUGCCCCCAUAUCCAUCCUUUGAGGCGCUCAGGGCCAAAAAGGAGCCUCCGCGAAUUACUCUCGACACCACCCAGCGCCUCUUCUGGCCUCUAGAUGGUCCGCUUUCUACCUCCAUUUCGAUAAUGAAAGAUGCUUCGAGUCCCGACUCUCUCGAACCGUAUUUCAAACAAACAUCUGACGGCGCCGGCAUCUGGCACCCAGUCUCGCAGAUGCCGCUUACUGAGCCCAAGGAGGAUUAUUGGCUUGAAGAUCAUGAAGAGCACUCUUCACCAGGCGGCAGCGGCGAGCCAAGCGCCCGGUAUGGAGAGCUCCCCGAUCUCGGCCCAGAGGACGAGUGGGAGGAGGGUUCUGACGAUCAUCUAUUGAUCUGCUGUGACGAAGUACGACCGCGUGGAAAGGCGGUGAAGUUGGUGGUGAAGCCUGCAGCUGGGGAGAACGGGUUUAUCACUGUUCACGACUACGUAUCAGCAGUGCACCCGUGGCUAGCCAGCAUUCAGGAAGACAUCUUGAACUCUAUGGGUAUGUUUCAGCGGCCUGUGCCGUUGGCAGCGGAACCCAUGGUGAAUUAUAAUGCGCUAGACCGCUUGAUGAUGGAAAAUAAACCGGAUUGGAUUCAGGAGAAGAGGAUGAGGUUUCUGAUCAAGGCGUUUGAGGAGAAGCCUAGCGACUACAAACUCGCAUGGGAGAAAUUACAAGCAGAGGUCGAACAGAAUAUAAGACUGCAAGCGACAAAGAAGGCUGCAACCAUUGCGCCAAGCUCGCUCCUCCUCCUCCACGAGGCCAUGGAGAUUUUUGGGUUCACAGACGGGAAUGAACUCAUCCUCACUGGGGAGGCAAACCCAGUCCCCCAAUACCUCAUCGAUUCUAUCGCUCGAAUAAAGCAUGUGACGGGCGGUGACAGCCUCUAUAACGAGGCAUACACGAGAACAAUUCUUGAUGAAAUCAUCAUCGGCUGCGUGUAUGAGGAAAAUAUAGCUUCCCAGAGAGGCCGAAGCGAAUCUCCACCAGGCGAGCCCCCAGCAGUGUGCCACUCGCACCCACCAAAACCACAGCUAAUUAUCGAAGAACCGGCCCAGCUUGAGUUGUCCCAUGAGACCCCCUUCUAUAGUCGGUAG